AAAAUUAAACAACUCAAAACCCCCUUUUUUUCUCCAUUCUACUGUAAAAUUGGGGUUUGAGGAUUGAGAUGUGGAGGGAGAAUGGAGGCAUUUCAACAAAAAUCUCUAGUUGAUGAUCAACAACAACAUCUAGAUUUAGGGUUGCUGUCUGAUCCACCCAUCGACAAUGAUAAGAUAGUAGACAUCCUUGCGCUAGAGCUCGAAAAUCUAGUAAUAGCCUGUAAAGAUGAGGUUAUUGAUCGAGAUCUUUCGGGGUCUUCGGUUGUAAUGGAUGAUGACGAUGAAGUGAAGCGAGCAAUAGACGAGGAGCUUCGGCAACUGGUAGUGAAGGAGGCUGCUAAUGAAGCGUUUCAAGCUGAAUCUUUGAGUGGAAGUGGAGAGAACAACUGCCGAGAUGUAAAGCAGUUCGUGGACGAGGCUAUCGAGCGGCAUGGUCUGAUUAAAGUUAUUGAAGAGGACCCGAAGGAAUGUAGGGUUUUAGAAGAGCCAGAAGUUGGUGAGGGUGGAAUAGGAUGUGGAAAAGAGGAGGAAAAGGUUGUUGAUGAUGAUGAGAAAGUUUUUAAGCAUGGGGAGGAUUUAAAGGAAAAGCACGAGAUUGAGAUUGAGGAUGGGGGUGGCAGUAGUGAAAUUGUGGGUUAUGAGAAUAAUGGUGAAGAAAGGAGGAGCGAGGAUGGAAAUGAUAGGGAGUUUCAAAUCAUAGAGGAUCUGGAAAAUGGGAGCGAAAAUGCUGGUGGAGAGAGCGAAGAUGGUGGUGGGUUAGGGAUGGUUCCAGAUGAUGGUAGAUUAAAAAGGUACUAUUAUCCAUUGAGACCAGAUGCUGAGGAUUGUUCAUAUUACAUGCGUACAGGGAUGUGUAAGUUCGGAUCAAAUUGCAAGUUCAAUCACCCUCUCAGAAGGAGAAAUCAGCAGCCUUCUAAGGAGACUAAGAAGCAAAUGGAAGAACCUUUGGAGAGGCCUGGGCAGAUUGAGUGCAAGUUCUAUUUAUCAUCUGGGGGUUGCAAGUAUGGGAAAUCUUGCAAAUUCAAUCACAGCAGAGGAAAAACUGCUGUAACUCCAGUGGCAGAGUACAACUUUUUGGGCCUGCCAAUCCGACCGGGAGAGAGAGAAUGUCCUUACUACAUGCGUAAUGGUUCCUGCAAAUAUGGGCCAAACUGUAGGUUUAAUCAUCCUGAUCCUACUGCGGUUGGAGGAGGUGAUGCUCCCCCCACAUAUGGGAAUGAUGGACCUGUUCCAUUACAAAAUGCAUCACAGGCGAAUAUCCCCUCCUGGUCCGUUCCAAGAACUCCGGAUGGGUCUGCUGCCUUUUUACCAGUGAUUUACUCACCAACUCAGAGCAUGCCUCCACCAAAUCCAGAUUGGAAUGGUUAUCAGACUCCUGCUCCCCCUCCUGCUCAUGUAUAUCCGAAUUCAGAAAGGGGUCUGCCUAUACCACCAGCUUUCUUCCUGAACAAUCCACCAAGUGAUACCAGCUUGUACACACAUCAUCAGCAGCAGAUGCUAGUUUCAGAUUAUCCUGAAAGGCCCGGACAACCUGAAUGCAGUUACUUCAUGAAAACUGGAGACUGCAAAUACAGAACAGCCUGCAAAUUUCAUCAUCCAAAGAGUCGCAUCACCAAAACUCCCCCAUCUGUUCUAAGCGAUAAAGGGUUGCCUUUAAGACCUGAUCAGAAUAUCUGCACGCACUACAGUCGGUAUGGCAUAUGCAAAUAUGGGCCUGCUUGUAAAUAUGAUCAUCCAGCAAAUUAUAGCAAUUCGAUCCCGCCUGCAGGAGAAAGGUAUGGAUCAGAUGGGCCUUUGAUGCAACAAUCUGUGUAAUCAAGUCACCAUCAGUUGAAUGUUUUUUUCUUCUUCUUCAUGUUUUUGAACUAACAAAUCUCGAAACUUUGAUGGCCCUUGGAGGGGAGGGUAGUAAGGAAGGUAUUUAGAAAAUGUUGAAUGAUAUGUUUAAAUUAUCUCCAUAGUCUUAUUAUACUGCUUCAGUUUUCAGUCUAUGCUUUUGUUUCAGCAA